UCGCUGGCGAGUUUGACAGAAGUUUGAAUCGGACUCGGGGGCUUUCUGCAGCCGCAGGGCGGGCGCGGCGGCCGCGACCUGGGCGAGUGCAAGCAGCCGCGGCCCCGAGACCCACCGGCCGGGCCUGGACAGCGCUCCGCCGCCGCUCGCGCCCCCGGCCGCCGGUCAGCAGCCCCCAGCCCGCCCGCGGCCCCCGCAGCCUCCAGCCAGGGAGUCGAGCCCCGGCGCCGCGCCCCAGCCCCGCAGCGCCAGCAUGUCCUCGACGGAGAGCCCGAGCCGCCCGGCGGACAAGUCGCCGCGCCAGCAGGUGGAUCGCCUGCUCGUGGGGCUGCGCUGGCGGCGGCUGGAGGAGCCGCUGGGCUUCAUCAAAGUUCUCCAGUGGCUCUUUGCCAUUUUCGCCUUUGGGUGCUGCGGCUCCUACAGCGGGGAGACAGGAGCGAUGGUUCACUGCAACAACGAGGCCAAGGACGUGAGCGCCAUCAUCGUCCUGUUCGGCUAUCCCUUCAGGUUGAACCGGGCCCAGUACGAAAUGCCCCUCUGUGACGACGAUUCCACCUUCAAGACCAUGCACCUCAUGGGGGACUUCUCUGCCCCCGCCGAGUUCUUCGUGACACUGGGCAUCUUUUCCUUCUUCUACACCAUGGCCGCGCUGGUGUUCUACCUGCGCUUCCACGCCCUCUACACGGAGAACAAGCGCUUCCCGCUGGCGGACUUCUGCGUGACCGUCUCCUUCACCUUCUUCUGGCUGGUAGCUGCAGCCGCCUGGGGCAAGGGCCUGACCGACGUCAAGGGCGCCACGCGGCCGUCCAGCCUGACCGCCGCCAUGCCCGUGUGCCACGGCGAGGAAGCGGUGUGCAGCGCCGGGGCCACGCCCUCCAUGGGGCUGGUCAACCUCUCCGUGCUCUUCGGCUUUAUCAACUUCUUCCUGUGGGCCGGGAACUGUUGGUUUGUGUUCAAGGAGACCCCGUGGCACGGGCAGGCCCAGGCCCAGGCCCAGGGCCAGGCCCCCAGCCAGGAGAGCGCGGCUGAGCAGGGAGCCGUGGAGAAGCAGUAAGCAGCCUUGGCCUAGCUGCUCCGGAACAGGACAGCACCUCUUAAACACCUUCGGCUUCCAGGACCGCCCCCUUCUUCCUGCUCCCCCUCCCCUCCCCCACCAUUCUGGCCUUGGAGCUUUGAGAAGUCCUUGUCGACGAUGGAUGGAUGGGCAGGCAGCAGCUGUCGGAAACCUGGGCAGCCCUCCCAGUGGCUUCCUGUCCCUCCUCUUGCUGGAGCCCCGGAUGGGAUGGCAGGAACUCAGGGCUUCUUGCCUACUGCCUGGACCCAGGCAUCUUACUUGGGGCCGCAGGGUGCCUCCCAGCCCCUGCUGCGCGCAAGGGUUGGAGGCAGGAGACCAGAGCCCUGAGACUGGUUCCUAGCAGCCACUUCUAUCAGCCUGUCAAUAAAAGUGGGGGGAGGGGAAACUGGUUGGCAGCCGUCUCCCUGGUCCCUUGCGUGAAGGGCCCACCAGUGGGUUAGUGAGCCCUUUUCGAUGGGUGCCACCUAGGCCCCGUGCUGGCACUGAUCUCCAGAGAGUCCUGGCUCAGUGUGCUUCCCACUCCUUCCUCUGGCCUCUGCUUGCCCACAGAGUCCACCAUGCGUGAACUGGGGAGGCUCACUAGCCUGGGGAACAGCCUUCAGAGGGUCCCGAGGAAGCCUUAAACUCCGUGGGGAGCAGAUACAUUGCAACUGCAUUGAAAUUCAAGAAACUAAAGUCAGGAAGCUUGCUGGGGGGGGGUCAGUUUCUUCUGCUCCCUCAGUCCUCCUGCCCCUCCAGGCUGGGGCAUUUUCCACCAGCACUCAAAACUCAUGCCUGCCCUAAACUCCUUACCUUCCUCCCUGGCCUCCUUCCUAGGCUUGGUCUCGAAGGGGUCUUACAGCAUCCCCAUCCCAGACCUCCCCCAACCUCUCUGUCCAUCUCCAUCCACCCUUUCCCCCAGCCCCUUGGGUCUGAGGCAUUCGAGAUCCUUCUCCAAGUCUAGCUGGGCCUUCCUUUCAUUCCUGGGGGCCAGAAAGGGCCUUUGGAAGGGUCCAAAGGACCAUCAUAAGGCUAAGUUGCCCCAGAACCCUAGGACAUGGAUGGAUGGGCCCCUUCCUUCCUCAUUCUCUGCCGGCCCCCCACAGCUCCUUCUCUGGUCCCCCUUUCACACUUCCCCUUCUCACCUUUACUAAAGGAUAUGCCUCUCCCUUUGCCUGCCAUUCCCCACUGCGGCCUCAUCUCUCCCAGGCUCUCUCCCCUAUCCUGUCCGGGGAGGGCCGGCGCUAUUGGUGCUUCUUCACAUCGGGACCCGGUUCCGUGUGUCUUUGUUGUGUCUCCUCUUUCUGGUCCCUCCUUCAGUCCCUCUCUGGACCCCAGGGUCUAGGACUCAGUGCUGACUACCCAGCCCCAACCCAGCCCCCCCUGGCCAUAGGGCUGCCCAGAGACGGAUGGAGAAGAUUGAAUCUGGCCAUCUUCCAGCAGGGUGUCAACUAAGUGCCCUGUGCCAACCUCUCCUCAGGACUGAGUCAACCCCUCCCACCUCCUCACCUCCCAAGAUGUCAUUCACAGGAACGUGUGCAUACCAGGGCAUCCAGGGGUCAGGACCUUGGCCUUUGGGCCAAUCAUUUCUUCUUCGGGUCAGAGUUCCCCCACCUGACAGGGCGAGUGAGAGGUUUAUAUCCUCAUAUGCUCCAGAGCCCUACGAUUCAAGAAUUAGAUGUUUUUCUUCCUCCUCCUCCUCCUCCUCCUCCUUCUU